AUGUCUGCCAUAACUGAAAAAAUGGGUAAAAAAAAAGAUAAGACUUUUGAUUUAUUUAUUAUGCUAACCGAGGAGCAACUAGCGCAGUUCCACAGAGACGGGUGUCUGGCCAUUGAGAAUUACCUGGAUGCAGACACGGUGGCCAGUCUGAACAAGGAAAUAGCCACGCUGUUGAACAACAUCGACCUCAAAUCCCACCCAUUGACCAAAUUCACCACCCACGAAGACGAGCAGCAUGUUGGCAACGACUACUUUAUCAACUCGUCCGACAAGAUCCGGUUUUUCUUCGAGGUGGACGCCUUUGAAGACGGCGAGCUGACAAAGCCGGUUCCUCGGGCCAUCAACAAGAUUGGCCACGGACUACAUCUGCAUAACCAGGCGUUCAGGAACGUGACAUUGACCAAGGACGUUGCAGACAUCUGCCGGCAGCUGGAAUUUAAAGACCCGCGCGCACUGCAAAGCAUGGUGAUUAUUAAGCAGCCAGAAAUCGGGGGCAAGGUUCCUAGCCACCAGGACGGCGAGUUUCUAUACACAGAGCCGCAGUCGUGCAUUGGGUUCUGGUUUGCGCUGGAGAAGUGCACUUUGAGCAACGGAUGUUUAAGCUUUGUGCCUGGAUCCCACAAGAAAAACGGGAUAAUCAGACGAUUCGUCAAGGACUUCGAGAACGGAGGUACCAAAUUUGUGGACCCGGUCUCGCUGCGGGACACUACCGCAUGUUUCGACCCCUCGGAUUCGGACUUUGUCAAUGUGGAAAUCCCGGCCGGAACUCUAGUCCUGAUCCACAAUCGGGUGCUCCACAAGUCCGAAAAAAACCUUUCACAGCUCUCCCGAAAUGCCUACACUUUCCACGUGAUUGACGGGACUGCCAAGUACGACGAGCUCAAUUGGCUGCAAAUGCCGCCAGAACGGCCCCAGGGCGCGGCUAACGUGCCAAGAGUAUACUAA